UUUUUUGUUAAAAUGAUUGUUAAUUGGCAAUAACAGCAACAACAACAACAACAGCAAAUACAACAACAACAACAACAAGAACAACAACAACAACAACAAACUGGUGGUACGUCCCAUCACAUACAAGUUCAACACCAACAGUUACAACAUCAAUUGCAACAGGUGAAAUUAUCCAACAACGCAAAGUUUUUAUUAAACAACCCAAUCCUGUCUUCUCCAUAUAUUCAUAGCUUAUUUUUAUUUAUUAUAAAUACUAAAACGUUGCAUAUAAAUUUGGCAUCAAAUGUUUUUUAUACAAAAACUUAAGCUUUUAAUAUCAAUUGUUCCUUUUGAGCGCACACAGAAUCAUAUAGUCUUUUAUUUAUUACAAAUACCAAUAUACAAACACUCAACUUUAAAUGUAAACACUACAGCUCAAAAAAAUUUGCUUUUGUUUAUAUUAGUUAAACUUUGAUUAAACUCGCUUUUCAAUAAAGUUUGUGUUUUGUUUGUUUUGUUUACUGUCUGGAGUUUUUAGUCGUAAAGAUAAAACAAUAAUUGACCCAAUAAUGGCAAAUGAUAUCAAUAUUUGGGGUUAUUUAUAUUCUAAAAAGAGGACUUACAGAAAUUUUUAUCAUAUUACCCGUAUCGCAAUUACUCUGUUUUGGUUGUCCAAUUAUUUCUUUUACUUUUUAUCAAUAUUUUUUAACAUAAUUUGUCUUUAAUUAUUUAGUUGUAAAAAUGGAACAAUAAUUAACCUAAUCAUUGAAAAGCAUGGUCAAUUUUUGGGGUUAUUUAUAUUAAACAAGAUGGACUUACAUAUUUUUCAACACAAACUGUUCUCAAUAUUUUUUAUCAUAAUUUGUCUUCCAGGUCCAGCAGGCCCAACAACAGUUCCACCAAAUGCAACAACUCGCUCAAAUGCAACAGCAGUUUCAACAGCAGUACACUGGUGGUACCAGUAGUGGCAACAAUGUUGUUAUGAGCCCGCAGAACUAUAGCCCAUCGCGAAGGGGUAGAAAACCUACCGAUAAAAAGAAGAGGAAGCGUCACACCUGGGUGAAGCGACCAACCACCGCUUAUUUGUAUUUCGUGUCAAAAUAUCGAGAAACAUUAAAGGAAGCUGGAGAGGUCGUGCCAAAGGCGAAAAUAAUUACACAAGCAUGCGCGGAGAAAUGGAGGAAUAUGAACGAGGAGGAAAAAGAGCCGUUUCUAGAACUUUCCAGGAGGGACCGAGAGCGUUGGCAAAAAGAUAAAGCUUUGGAGAAGAAACCGCGCGACCCAAAUCGACCUAAACGACCGCCCUCAGCAUAUUUCUUGUUUCUCGCUGACUUCCGAAAGAACUACCCGGGAAAAUCUGACCCUGCUAAGGAGAUCACAAAGAAAGCUGGUGAAGCCUGGAACAGUUUGUCGGAUGCAGAGAAGACUCCGUACUACAGAAGUGCUCAACUUGUGAGGGCAAAAUGGGAGCAAGACCUGGAAGCUUAUAAACAAUCUGUUAAAUGCGGCACCUUGAGUCGGGCAUCGUCGAUACAAUCGGACCACGACCCUGUAGAGAUGGUGGGUGAGGUGGGGUUAGAUGAGGACGAAUCACCGAUGAGUAGCCCCACACAAACCGGGAACCCCAUCGCUCAGAUGGGGGCAAACUUAUUGCAGGGUGGUUCGAGUUCCAUGAUAUCCGGGGUCGCAUCGGGUAGUGGGGUAAUCCCCUCUACAACCCCAGAAUCACCCACCACGGGGAAUUCCCUACAAGCAGCCCCGGUGUCGUACGCUUACCCUCACCACAUGGUGGCGCCACAGACAUCAGGGUUACAGCAACAAUUUCCCGGCAGAUGAACUACCUCCCUCCAGUGGUCGAAACCAACAUCACAAAUAUUACAACCAUCGUUACCCAAUAAUUAGCUGACGACCAGCUACAUCUUUUAUACCUUGUUUUGUACAGUUACCCUCUCAUUCAUGGGUUACCCCAUACCGUACCUCACAGCCAAAUAAGGUGCUCGCCGCCCCCCCUUGACCCCUAUCUAACCCCGGGUCCAUUAUGACCUCAUAGUAGUUGCAUCGCCUCCUGACUUCAAGCGAAUUUUUUUUCCGAAAAAAAUAAUUAUGACAAAAAAGUUAAUUUCAAAUAAUUUGAACUUUUUUUUCGGCAAAUUUACCCCAAAUUUGAAGGUGCAGUUGUUAAAUUUACCUCAUGCUCUGCUCGACGGAUGGCACUUCGCACAAACACCAAAUCUGUUGGGGGAAGGCCGACGUUUCGUGCCUUCUCUCUCAAAACUGUCGUCCUUAUAAAUACCUCGGAACGGGACAACAGUACCUCACAAACCUGGUACUGUUACACUUGGCAUCCCACAGUAUAAACUGCCUACCUCAAACAACUGAACCACGCUUUGCAAAAAGUUCUUUAUUUUUUUAGCGACGUUUUUUUAUAUCACGUCGCACAAUGGGUGUCAUUCCCCCACUUGUAAAUAGAUCAAAUAAUUUGUGUCUUUUUAUUAUUUUACUAAUCCUUUCCAAAUAACAUUGAUUACGUAAGUCAAUUCUUUUUUUCGAACGUAUUUUACCAAAUAAUGGUAAAAGUAUUUUUACUUUUUCUGAAUUAAGUUUUUAAGAACUUGUUCCAAACGUGGUGAAUGGACGUUACUGCCAUUAUCCGAUUAUGUGUCUUCAAAUUAGAUACAAUAGAAGCACUAUUACAUCACAA